GAUACCGCCAGCUGUGGGAUGUCUAUCUGGGACAGCUGAGGACCUGAGGAGAUGGCUGACACUUGGCAGGAAUGCAUGGAUUAUGCAGUGAUGCUGGCCAGGCAGGCUGGAGAGGUAGUUUGUGAAGCUCUGGAAAAUGAAAUGAAUGCUAUGAUUAAAAGUUCUCCUGCUGAUUUGGUGAUGGUUACUGACCAAAAAGUUGAGAAAAUGCUUAUUGCUUCUAUAAAGGAAAAAUACCCAUCCCGCAGUUUCAUUGGUGAGGAGUCCGUGGCAGCUGGGGAGAAGAGUGUUUUAACUGACAACCCCACGUGGAUCAUUGACCCUAUUGAUGGAACCACCAACUUUGUUCAUAGGUUUCCUUUUGUACCUGUUUCGAUUGGCUUUGUUGUAAAUAAAAAGAUGGAAUUUGGAGUUGUGUACAGUUGGAUAGAAGAUAAGAUGUAUACUGGCAGAAAAGGAAAAGGUGCCUUUUGUAAUGGCCAAAAGCUUCAGGUUUCACAACAGGAAGAUAUUACCAAAUCACUCUUGGUGACUGAGCUGGGCUCUUCCAGAACACCAGAGACUAUAAAAAUCAUUCUUUCUAAUAUGGAGAAACUUCUUUGCAUUCCUGUUCAUGGGAUCUGGGGUGUUGGCACGGCAGCUGUUAAUAUGUGCCUCGUGGCAACUGGAGGAGCAGAUGUGUAUUACGAAAUGGGGAUUCACCGCUGGGACAUGGCAGGAGCUGGCAUCAUUGUUAUCAAAGCUGGUGGCAUGCUCAUGGAUGUAACAGGAGGACCAUUUGAUUUGAUGUCAUGA